UUUCCUUCACAUGUUCGGUCCUCGCCGCUACGUAAACAUUGUGUGAGGAGAGCCGGGGAAUCAGGCAUUAUGCAAGCUUCUAAAUUUCUUGUAGGGACCAAUUACACAGCACUGACAUGCUGCUUGAGACAAAAAUUAUGGAAGCAAUCUGCUGUAUAUGGAUCAAAAUGUCAACGUCGCUUCCAGAGUGCCGAGGCACUGUCUGUCCCAACUGCAGAAGGGGCACCCAAGGUUUACCCUGAAAAGAUUCAAUCAAUUGUGUCCCAGAUCUCCCAGCUAACACUUGUGGAGGUAGCAGAUUUGAAUGAAUUGCUGAAGAAGACUCUAAACAUUUCUGAUGCCCCAGUGAUGGCUUUUGGUGCUGGAAUGCCAGCAGCAGCUCCAGCACAGGAGGAAGAGGAUGAAGAGGCAGCAGCUCCAAAGAAAGUUCAGACAAGUUUCACUAUCAAGAUGAUGAAGUUCGAUACUGCAAAGAAGGUAGCACUGAUCAAGGAAGUCAAGGCCUUGCUUGAUGGCAUGAACCUUGUCCAGGCAAAGAAGUUCGUUGAAAGCUGUCCUACAGUUGUGAAAGCUGACAUUCCUAAGGAUGAAGCUGAAAAGCUGAAAGAAGCCCUUUCAGCAGUUGGUGCUGAGUGUGUAAUUGAAUAGAAUAUUUGUUUGUUCAUAAUUUGAAGACAAAGAUCAGUCAUUGGAAAAUUAAUACUUCUUGUUUGUGGAAUGACUCAUGUAAAUAGGCAGUAUGAUACCUGUAUUGAAAGAAAUAUGAUUGUAUGUUUUUUUUUUGUUAACAUAAUUAGCUUUCAAUAAAAUAAUGAAAGUU